UUAGAUCUCAUCUCACAAUGUGCCAGGCCUCCUUGCAGUUCACCUUUCUUCUCCUUCUCACAAUGGAAACACACCCUGCGGGGCUGGCUCCCUCUGGCAGCCGAGGCAGCUCCACCGGGAAGUCAGUGUGCCAGCGCCCAGCCAGACCCGUCCAGCCUUCGCCCUCCGCCCGGGAGCCCCAGAGCAGCAAAGGAAUCCCCCGUCACCCGAAUCCUUAAAGCAGGGCUCUCCCACUGUGGCAGCUUCCAGACUUCUGGAUGCUUCCUUCCUAGGUACCCGCUGGCCACCUUCUUCCACCUCUUCUUCCGCGUGAGUGCCAUCGUGACCUACCUCUUCUGCGACUGGUUCAGCAAAAGCUUCAUUGCCUGCUUCCUCCUCAUCCUCCUCCUCCUCUCCUUUGACUUCUGGUCUGUGAAGGUAGGCCUUCUGCUGGGCUCUGCCCAAGAUGCCCCGCUGGGUUACCUUGGCCCUUCACGAUGCCAAGGAAGACGGGCGGCCACUAAGCUCCCUUCUCAGCUUCAUAAAACCUUUUGUUGGCGGGCAGAUAAAAGUGGCACCAAGGAAGUAAACAUGGCAUUUGCUUUAUUGGCUGCUAGUUUGUUAUUUAACAACGCCAAUUAUGGAAAAGGAACUUUGUUCUCCGCACUGGGGAUCACCGGCAUCUGUCUCCAGGCGGCUAACCUUUACGGCUACGUCCACUGUAAACUCGGGGGCGCCUCCCAAACCAUCCGCAAAGUCGCCCCCCACUUCCCGGCCCAGGAGAUAUUCCAGAAGGUGAGCGGGAGAGCCCCCUACCCCGACUCUGGGGGUGAAGCCUCAUCGGUGGGGAUGAAGAGUGGAUUGCUGGGGUUUCCACCUCUUUGGCAACCAGCCUCCUUUUAUUGCUCCUGCAGGAACGAUCGGAGGACUUCCAAAAACACCUCCUGA